AUGCAGAAGCAAAUGGUGGGUCGAUCAAUGUUGGUUAUUGGGUUACUGUUUUUGGUAGUGAGUGCAAAGGCUUUUGAUUGCCACCAAUCUGUGCUUAGUCUAAUACCCUGCCUACCCUUCGUUAUUGGUUUUGCCCCAACACCUGCCGCUCAAUGUUGCGUAGCGGUAGCGAGCUUGAACUCACAAGCUAAUACUAAAGAGCUGCGCCAAGAGCUAUGCAACUGUUUCGAAAAUUCAUUUAAGGCUUAUGGUUCGUAUGCUGAGAAAGCUAAACAAAUCCCAGAAUUAUGUCAUGUUCCAGUUCCUGUGCCCAUUGAUCCAAACGUUGAUUGUAGCACGAUUAAUUGA